CUCUCUCGGCCUAGCCAGCCGCUCGCUCUAGGCCAGCCACUCUCGCGGCGCCGCCCGCCCGCCCGCCCCAACCGAGCGAGCGAGCGAGCGAGCGAGCGAGCGAGGGCGGCCCUGGCCGGGCCUGGCGCGGGGCGUGCUGGCGGCGGCGGCCUCGGCGGCGCGGCUUUCCUGAGGCGCGAAGGGGGGCGGCGCCGUCUCUUCCGAGGCGCUUCGGGCGCCGCGCGAGGCCCGGGCGAAGCCUCUGAGAUUCUUGUAGGUUGACUAUGGAAGAAGCACACAAAACCAGCAGUAGCAAUUCAGCAACACCCCCACAAACUCCAUCUUUACAAGGUACCGCUCUACAAGCAGCUCAGCUUUCUCGUGUUUCUCAUCAGAUGUCUCUUAGAAGUCCAGUGGUACAACUUCCAGGGGAUCAAGUCCAGGGAGUCAUUCAUACAGUCCAGGCUUCCUCCGUAAUUCACUCACCGCAAGCGCAGUCAGCACAGGUAUCUUUGUCAGAAAGUGAAGAUUCACAAGAUUCCUCAGACAGCAUAGGCUCUUCACAGAAAGCCAGAGGUAUCCUUGCACGUCGUCCAUCUUACAGAAAAAUCUUGAAUGACCUUUCUUCUGAGGACACACAGGAUAGGAAAGGAGAUGAAGCAAAUCCUGGUGUCUCUACUAUCUCAUCGAUGUCUGUUCCUACACCUGUCUAUCAAACCAGCACUGGACAAUAUAUUGCCAUUGCACCAAAUGGACCAUUACAGCUGAGCAGUCCUGUUGCAGAAAGUGUGCAGGGUUUGCAGACAUUUACGAAUGCUGGUGGAACUUCACUGUUACAGUAUGUACAGACAUCGGAUGGUCAACAGAUACUUGUGCCCAGCAACCAGGUAGUAGUGCAGACUGCUUCAGGAGAUAUGCAAACAUACCAGAUACGCAGUACGCCAACCACCACUUCUCUCCCACAGACUGUUGUAAUGACAGCUCCUGUCUCCUUGACAUCUCAGUCAACCAAGACAGACGAUCCACAGUUGAAAAGAGAAAUACGACUAAUGAAAAACAGAGAAGCAGCCCGAGAAUGCCGUAGAAAGAAGAAAGAAUAUGUUAAAUGCCUUGAAAAUCGAGUUGCUGUCCUUGAAAACCAGAACAAAACUCUAAUUGAAGAACUAAAAACUUUGAAAGAUCUUUACUGCCACAAAAAUGUGUAGGAAAAGAAGAAAAGCAAGCCUACUGUGAACAUCAGAAUUUCAGAGGGAAAUUUUUAUAUUAAUUUAAAAAAAAAUUCAAAGGUCAAAAAUAAAUUGUUUCAAUCCAGCUUUCACAAAAGACCAUUUAGAUUUUAUUUAGAACUUGUUGAGUGACAGAGUACAAAAAGGAAACACAAAAACCUCACGAGGAGUUCUUCUGGCACAACUGGAAUCUUCAUUGAAGAUGGACAUGCAUAUUCUGUCAAUCAAGAGAUACGAAUUUCCUGAGCUACAGUUGAAUUUUGAAAUGCUUGCAAUAUUUGAUUGUAGUUAAAUUGUGGAAGAAUUGAGUCUUUGCCUUAGCUGAAAAUAUCUAUCAACAUAUAACCAGCAUUGAAUUUAAUUUCUUACAUCUCUAAUAAUCAGCUUUCUUUCGGUUAUUUGUAUGUAAAUAUGGCUGCUUCAAAAUUUAAAUUCUAAUCUGCUGUUUAGAAGAUAGAGAAGCUACUACCUUACUAGAAAGUGUAAGUUAUAUUUGCUUUUAACAGGCAGGCAAUUUAAUUUUUUUGAAUGCAUGCUGUGUUUUAUCACUUCUGGUAAAGGCAGUGGGCUCCUUGAAGCUAAAAAAAACCAUGCAAGGCACGUGGAUACAGUCACAACAAGGAGUAGAUGCCGUGGCCCUACCAAUGUCUUUGUAUGUUUUAUACAUCAGAACAAAAGUUGAUAAGAGAAUGUUUCCAGAGGGCUUUUUGUCAGUGUUCUUUCUUAGUUGCUUGGUAUAAAAUUAUCCCAAGAUAAACUGAAAUGAACAGGCAUCACAUAUCUGUUUGAAGAUCCUAUUUUAUUUUCAUAGGUUAAAUUCCAGUGUCUUUGGCACUGCCCAUGUUUAAAACAAAAUGAAGCUAAAGUUACAUGCCAAAGUAAAAUUCUAGUAUGAGAUAUAUAUAAAUAUUAAAUUGCACAAUUUCAAUAUUCAAUUUAUAAACUAGGCAGUAAUUUGUUUAAUUUUUUAAAAUGAAAAGUACUCUUGUUGAAAGAGAUGCCUGGUAUAUUUUUGUAGUUGAAUUAUUACCUUUAAAAAUUCUAUAAUUGAGUUUCUAUGGAUGUUUUAAAUGUUUAUACAUUUCCAGUAAACAGAGAUUUUUCCCUCUAAGAUGAUCAAGUUUAUAUUUUUAUGAGAUUAAACCAGAUGCUAUUCUUUCUAUAUAUUUCUUUAAGCAAAAUUUAAUUUAACAAAUAUGUCAAUAUUUUUGAGAAAAUAAGUACUGUUCAUAAAUUGCACAUGUUUUUGAAUUCACUCUCAAGAUGCUGUCAGGGAUCAUAAUAUGCAUCAUUCUGCUUUCUUUCUUUUCAAAGAAUGUUAAAAGGUUUUUGAUAUGAACUGAAUUCUUCAGUACCCAUUAAGCAUUAAAUCAACAAAUGGAGCCUUAUCUUAGUUAAGACUGAAUCAUUCCACUAGUGCCCUUUGAAGGGUUGAUAUUAAAUACAUUAUAAGAAGAUGAUGAAGCCAAGAGUGUGUAUGAUUGUUAUGGUAGUGCAAACCUAUUUCAGAAAUAUUGGGCAAUUUUGAGAUUAUCAUGGUACCUCAUUCCACAGAAAACUGUAUUCCAUUAAACUAUCAUAAUCAUAUUAUAGUUAUAAACCCAAAUCCUAUCAAGGACUUUUUAAAAAAUGCAGUGUCUAAAAUAUUACUGUAAAUUGGCAAGGCAAGGGUGAGUAUAAAGCCCUAUAAAGGAAAUGGGCCAUAACUGAUCCAAGUAACAUGUCCAGUCCAGCAAACUUUGGACUCCUAGAAAAGCUUGUGGGUGUGCAACUUGGCUUUCUGUGUCUUGUGUUUCUUACUGCAGCACAGCCUCUAAUACAAGCUUCUUUAGAAACUCUCUCAAAAAUUGUUUGUGAUAUAAUUUGGGUGGAAGUAGAAGAGGCACUCUACAGAAAACACAGGUAAAAGCUGUUUUAUGGCCAUGGAUAUUCCUCUGUAUCGUUCCUUCUCUGCAUCAUCACAACCAACCAAUUGUACUGUGUAAAAUGAGUAUUUCACAGGGAUGUAAUCUUGUAACCACUACUGUACACUCAUUAAUUUUCUGUGAAUCAGUUUUCAUGUAGAAUCGCAACUUCAGAUCUGAAAUUUUUAAGGUAUGAUGUAAAAAUCUGAAUAGACCUGGAAGUCAUGUUGUAUUUUGUUUCUCUUCAGUCACAUUUCAGUUGACAUUUUAAAAUUUUGCCAUCAUCUCAAGGAAAAAUUAAUUUAUGUUGGGAGGACAUUAAAAACAAUUGUGUGAUUUCUGUGAAAGGGUUUUUUUAAUGGAGAAAAUAUAUUAAAUCAGUUGAUACUUGUUGACAUGAAGUAACACCUUGAAAAGAUGAACUGUAGAAGGGCAUAUAUAUAAUCACAGAAGUAGUAUAAAGCUGUCUACUUCUUUUGCAGUCAUUUUUAACAAGAGAAAUGUUUGUGCUAUUUCCCAUUUUUGUCCAUGUGGCAAUUAUAAAGCUCAGUCCGGAGCUUAGGCAGCGUAAUCUUAGUUACCAUAGUUCUAACUAUCUGCAAAGUUAGCAGCUUAGCUUAUAGAUUUGUAAAUAUUUUUAAAUAAAAAGGUGGUUGCACUUUUCGACCUCAGUAAUAAAGAAUCCAGAAUGCAAUUUCAAA